CUAGUCCGACUUUUACGUUUAAGCAAAGGAUCCAACCGCGUGUGAAGAAAAAAAAAAGUAACGUUGUAGCAACGUUCCCCAUAAAUUAAGAAUGUCCAACCAUUCGAAACUACCGCCAUCCACCAAAGGAUUACUCACAGUGUUCGAAAAUGCCAAUGCAAGUGUGAUGGCCACGGCCCUGGUGUCGGUUCCAUUCGAAACCGCGAAGGAUUGUGCAUUCAAUGGUGGGGGCUCAAGUGAGGGACUAGCGUGCGGCAAUUCGGCGGCCAUACACGAAUCCGACGAGGAUAUUUCGGAUUUUUCCUCCAACGAAAGCGACGGCAUGGAAGAUGAUUCCCGUCAUUCAUCGGUGGACGAGAAAAAUGGUUCAUCAAAAGAGGAAACAUCAUCCUAUAACAAAUUGAGCCCCAUGACCAAUCAACCGCAGGUUCUUCCAGUCCUGAAUCUAGCCGGAACUAAGCUAGGGAUUGGAGGUGGAACAGUGGUUCGAAAAAUGUUCACCAACACCCGGGAACGUUGGCGCCAACAGAACGUUUCCGGCGCUUUCGCAGAACUUCGCAAACUAGUUCCGACCCAUCCACCGGAUAAGAAGUUGUCCAAGAACGAGAUACUACGAAUGGCCAUUCGAUAUAUUCGUUUGCUCACCAACGUUCUCGAGUGGCAAAAGAAGCAGGAAGCCAACGAUAAAUCCGAUCAACAAGUUCAAUCGAAAACGGGAUUCAGCAAACCAACAAAUCAAUUCAAAGGUGGAAACAAUGAAAACCACUUCACCGGAAACUAUCGAGACAACGGAAACAACCUUCUGAUGGUAGUUCCAAAAUCCUUCAGUAAAAUACAUCUCGGGCCGAAAUGCGGCACGGAAUUUGCAAACGGUUUCCAGCAGCCCAUCAAAACCGAAUCUUCCCCCGGAUGCGGCACCACAAUAGAAAAGAUCAAACUCGUCAAUAAGUUAUGCCCUUCCGGCAAGAUAGGAAAAAAUGGGUUGAAAAACAGAAGAAAAGUCGCCCCGCUGUGCACCAUCGAGGGCAGUAUCAAAACAGAUCUGGGAUUAAGCACCGGCUAUAUGGAAAGAUCCGCCGUUGAAAGUGAGAUAAAACGGGAAGUUAAUCAUUGCCAUCACGGUCAUCAGCAACAACGCGGAAUGGACCGUGAUGGUCCGGAAUACGAGCAGAAAGUUGAUAAGAAAAAAUGCAACGGAGACCGACGCGAUGAUGAUAAAAAGUGAAGAAAUUGGUUGGGUGGAAUAUGAAGAAAUCUUUAUCAGUUAAUUGAAUUGCCCCAAAGAAUUCGCUCCAAAUCAGUAAUUCGCUCGUAAAUUAAUGAGGUACUAAGUUUUUGCUACGAUUACUAAUGAUGAACGUAUUAACCUUAUCAAAAAUCACUGAAAUAAAGCUUAAAAAACUGGAUAUUAUAAAUUAUCGAAUGAA